AUGUCGGGAUUUACGCCAGGAGGGAAGUUUGAUCCUGGGGUGCAGCAGCAGAUCGUACGGCUGUUACAGCAGCAGCAGGCGAUGCAGCCGCAGCACGAUGUCCAGGCCUUCCCAAAGUCGCAGCAAGACUUUCUAAACAGUCUCUCUGCGCAGCAGCUCCAAACGCUUCUGAACCAAAAGAACUCAUCUGUACAGCAACCUAUGCCCACCAAUCAGUUCUCCCAGAACAUGAUGUUGCAGCCACAGCAGGCACAGCCUGCGCCGAUGGCGAGUAUGCCUAACGCGAUGAACGCCGCCAACAUGGUCAGGCCACCGGCACAGAACAAUAUGAGUGCUAUACUCGCCGAUAUGGCAUCCAAGGCCAAGGCGGGGAUGCUCACGCCCAAUCAGCUAGUCCAGCUGCGUGCGAUUAUCGAGCAGCAGCAAUCGGUACAACAGCCCCAGACACAGCCGAACGUCGUGCCGAACGCGCAGUAUGCUGCGCUCUUGCAGUCGAUGCAGCAGCAGGCCAUGCAGCAGCAGCCGGUGCAACAGCAGCCAUCGAUGAUGAUGCAGACUCCGGCCUCGACGUCGGUGCCUCAGCCACAGAUGAAUGCGAUACCUACGCAGGACAACAUGGGACAAGCGAAACAAGAGCCUAAUAUGGCACAGGGUGUGCAAUUCGUUCGCACGAUCCAGCAGCGGAUCCGCGAAGUGGAACAGAAGCUGGCUACGGCGAUCCCUGAUAACGAGCGCCAAGCACUGCAGCGCGCGCACCAAGAGCUGACACGCGUACAGACAGCGUUGGUCCAAAAGCUGGCACAGCAGCGGAACAAUGUUCAGCAGCAGGUCAACUCGCCGCAGAUGGGCAUGGUUCAGCCGCAAGUGCAGCAAAAUGUGCCCAACUUUGGCGUCAACUUUAGUGCGCAAGCCAAGAACCCCAUGAUGAACAUGCACAAUCAAAACCAGGUGGGCACCAGCAGCCCGUCGCUCAGCGCUCAGCCUUUCAAUCAAUCGAUGGGCGUGCAAAAGCCUGUGCAGAAUACGUCGAAUCCGCCGGUAAUGACACCGAGCCCGGAACAGUUCAAGCGGGCACUGACCGAUCUGAUGAAUCACCACGGAAAGUCUUUCCACUCGAAUCCCGUUGUGGAUGGGCGCGAAGUGGACCUCUAUCAUUUAUUCACCGUGGUGCAGGCACUGGGAGGAAGCAAGAUGGUCACCCAAAAGGGGACGUGGCCCACCGUCGCCGUCACGCUGGGUCUGGCAAUGGCCAAGUCUCCACAGGCGACUAUGGCUGCCCAAAAGAUUGCGCAGGUGUACCGCUCCUUCUUGGAAUUAUUUGAAGAAGUGUGGAACCGCGCUAUGCUUCAUCAGAUGAGCAUGUCUAAUGUGAAGCGCGACAACCCAAUACCCAGUACUUCCAUGCCUGGCCGGAGCGAUCAUAACCCGCUGAUUCCCCCUAGCUUGCAAGGCGCUGCAAUGCAAAAUACAACUCCCCGGCCCAACUUCAACAUGGUUCAGGGACAGCCUUUUGCACAAAUGCAGCAGCGGCCUGCGCAGCCGAUGAAUUCGGCUACUCGCCAAGACUUGCCUAUCACAGCAGAACAGCUUGCCCAGCUGAAGCUCAAACCAGAGCAGCUUGCUCAGCUUUUGCAGCAGCAUAAGCAGCAACAGCAACAGCAACAGCAGCAACAGCAGCCAAGGCCUGUGCAGAACGCGACAGCCAUGCCGGUACAGGCCCAGUCGAAUGCCGGGCAAAAUUGGCCUGCGAUACAACAGAUGGCUGCACAACAGGCGCAGGCACGGCCGCCACAGGUGGCACCUAAAGCCCCUACAGCUUCGCCGGAAAAGAACCAGCAGACACAGACAAAGGUCACGCCCAAGAUGCUGGAAGAUGCUGAAACGGUGCUGAAGCGCCGCGUCAAGAUCAUGAUUUACAUGUUUGACGACCAGCUUGCUCUAGUUCCUAAGCGGCAAUGUAUCUUGCGGCUCACUGACUUGGAAAAGCUCAAAACUCAAAUGACGCGGUGCAUUGGCUUUGUUCGAGUGAACGACGACAACCUUGCACAGCAAAUUGUGGCCAAAGCAUCACAAGCUAUGGCACAGGCGCAAAAGGCUGCGCGCGCCAAGCAGGCUCAAGAGGAAGCUGCGAAGCGCUCGCUCAACGUCGAAUCGCCCCUCAACAAACGGGCCAAGCUUGGUGAUCUUAAUGAGGACUUUGAGAUCACUGGAACGAGCUCGCCAAAGACUACAGAAAGUACCAAGAGUGGGACCAAGACGAAGAUCUUCAAGGGCAAGCAGACUGAUACACCAUCAGCGCCACUCAGUGAGACGCCCGACGUCGAUUCCAAAAAGACAGUCACGCCUAUGACCAGGACAGGAUCGCCGAUGGUUACCACUUCGCCAGAUCACCUCGCGGAAGCUCUCAAGCGAACUCAAGAAGAGUUUGAUCAGGAGCAGGCCCAAUACACGGAGCUGUCAAAGAACUCGCCAAUCGAAUUUGUCAAGAAGAUUUGGAAUGAGUUGAUCGCUAUGGAUGAGCACACAUCCAAGUCAAAAUCGAUGGAAAAUCAAGCAAGCCCCAAGGGCAGCCUUGUGGAUGAAUACUCGGUCUUUUCAUCCGGAAACACAGAGGCCGCUGUCUUUGCAUUGAUCAAUGCACCUUAUGGAAUUGCGGGCGAUUUCCAAGACAUGCUCGACCUUGGGAUGAAAGAUGUCCAAGGUCUGUAUGACGAGUAA